UGGCGUUCCUCCCUUGGAAUCAGCCCCAUCCCGGCUCAGAAUGAUAGAAGAAUCUGAGGGGGGCUGGAAAGGAGAAAGCCUUGGCUGAUUCCCAGCAUGGAAAAUCUGGACCUGGCAGCCUGAAAAUCCAUCAUGGAGCCUUGGCAAGAGGAGAAGGAGAAGGACCUGGAGAGACCUUGGAGCCUCUUCCAGCACUUUAAGGAAUUCCAGGAGAGCUGGAGAGGGACUUUGUAAAAGGACCUGAGGUGACAGGACAAGGGGCACCGGCUUCCUAGUAGGAGAGGACAGGUUUAGAUGGGAUAUUGGGAAGAAAUUCUUCCUUGCAAGGGUGGUGAAUCAUUCCUGGGAAUGGAAUUCCCGGGAAGCUGUGGCUGCCCCAUUCCUGGAAGUGUCUGGCUCAAACCCUCCAGCAAGGUACGAGAGGGUUCAGGGUACAAACAGCCCUGCAUUCCCACCAGCUCCCACAGAAUAACCUGGAGUUCUUCCCGCCCAUCCCAACAUACCUGUGGCCUGAAUCCCCCCAGGAACAGGGGGAUCCCCCAGCUUGACAUUCCUACCCCCCUUCCUUAAGGACGUUUUGAUAACCAUCCCAGGAGCAGUUUGCCUUUCUUAUCGGGGCCUCCGGCCAAACACCGGAGCCAGGAUAUAAGGAGCGGGGCCGGGAUCGGAGGCACAUUUUCCGUGAGCUCCCACCAUGAAGCUGCUCCUGCUCCUCACCCUGGUGGGCCUGGCCCAGGGCUUCCAGACCAGGGUGCCCCUGAGGAAGAUGAAGUCGCUGCGGCAGAGGCUGCAGGAGCAGGGAUUGCUGGAGAGUUACCUGGAGCAGCAUCCCUACAACCUGGCUGCCAAGUAUUUCCCGGGCAUUGCCGUGGAGCCCCUGGAGAACUACAUGGAUGAUGAGUACUUUGGCACCAUCUCCAUUGGGACCCCACCUCAGGAAUUCACUGUGGUCUUUGACACUGGUUCCUCCAACCUCUGGGUUCCCUCAGUCUUCUGCUCCAGCCCAGCCUGCAGGAACCACAACCGUUUCAAUCCCGCGGAAUCCUCCACGUUCCUCAGCACCAAUGACACCCUGUUCAUCGCCUACGGCACGGGAAGCAUGACCGGAAUCCUGGGAUACGACACCGUCGACGUUGCUGGCAUCAACGUCCGCAACCAGAUUUUUGGGCUGGCUGAGACAGAGCCAGGGGAUUUCUUCUACUACACCCCCUUUGAUGGCAUCCUGGGAUUGGCAUUCCCAAGCAUUGCCUCCUCCGGAGCCACCCCUGUCUUCGACAACAUGAUGAUGGAAAACCUCGUGGAUAGGCGUCUUUUCUCUGUCUACCUGAGCAGGGACAGUGAAGGUGGGAGCUUUGUCCUCUUCGGUGCCAUUGAUCCCUACUACACCACCAAAGGCAUCUCCUGGAUCCCACUCUCUGCUGAAACCUACUGGCAGAUCGCCAUGGAGGGUGUCUCCGUCAGCGGGACUCCGGUGGCCUGCUCCUCGGGAUGCCAGGCCAUCGUGGAUACAGGAACCACUCUGCUGGCUGUUCCUAUCCGGGCCUUCCGCACCCUCAUGAGGCGCCUUGGUGCCAGCUACAGUGGUGAGAUCAGCUGUGAGGCCAUCAGAAACCUUCCCAGCCUCAUCUUCCAUAUCAACGGCAAAGAAUUCCCAGUGCCACCCAGAGCCUAUGUGUUAAGGAGUAACGGGUACUGCACCCUGGGAUUGCAAGGCAUGGAUGUGCCCACGGAGGAGGGCGAGCUCUGGAUCCUGGGGGAUGUCUUUAUCCGGGAGUAUUACGUCAUCUUCGACAGGGCCAACAACAAGGUGGGGCUGUCCCGGCUGCCCUGAGCUGGGAUGGGAAUCCCAGGUGUCCCCACCUCGGUGGCUGGCAGGGCUUGUCCCUUUCCUGGCACUCCUGCCACCACCGAGGACAAUAAAGGUGUGGAGAAGCG